AUGACGGUCGACUUUUUCUCUCUUAUUGCCAGCCCGGAAUUCGAUUGUUUGGACUUUCAUGACUGCAACCAGCUGAGUUCCCAGGAACAGCAGGAUGUCUCCCAACGUCUAUACAAACCCCUUCGUCUCCUGCUAGAAGAUGUGGGGUAUAAGCAGCACACUGUACCCCCUGAUGACAAGCUUCGCCAUGACCUUGAUGAGUGGGUCAACGAACACGUUCGACCCAUCCUUCCCGGAAAAGAUAAGGUUCUCGCACGCACCAUGGAAUACGCUGUUACCUUUGCUGAGUACUGCUAUCCUCUUUGUCAACACGAGACGAAGUUUGUUGUAGCUGCUCUCACCACUGUGAUUAUAUCAUGCGACGACAGUUCUACCAUUCUGGAUUCAGAUCAGCGCAGCAGCCUUUCCCUCGUUCUCUUUCGAUCUGUGGCGAGGACUUCCUCCCAAUGGCUCUUGGAGCGUGGCCUUAAGACAAGGUCUCACAAUGUUAUGAGUGCUUUUGUGGAUGCCUGUGCCCGAGAAACCAGAAUGGAGACUGAAUUACCGCUCUGCAAUGUAGAUCCCAAGCGUCUUAUGCAUUCUCAUCCCAAGGAGGAAGAGUGCUCGCUGGAAGGGUUUCCUGCCUACCUGCGUUCAUCUAGUGCUGCGCCAUUGUUAUAUCUGAUUGCAUCCUUCAAAAUAUCGCGCCAGAAGGAAGUUGACUCCAACAUUUAUAUAUCAUCAAUUCCUAGCAUCAGCCAUUUUAUCAACUAUAUGAACGAUUUGCUUUCCUUCCCUAAGGAAAUGGCUGACGGAGAAACAUGGAACUACAUUUUCCUGAAGACAAACGCCAGCCGACAGGCAGGCAGGCAGAGCAUGUUUGAAUCCAACAGCUCUAAGUUAUGGACCGUUCGAGAUACAUUCUAUGAACUACUCGAAAGUGUUCGACGGGCUACUCUUGGAGUGGACCAGGCUUUCACAAAGUGCAUCCCUCCUGAUAGCAAUGAUAUGAACCUAGUCCAAAAAGACAUCAGAUUAGCAGCGCAACUUUGGACUGCCCACAAAAAUGGAUAUAUUGCCUGGCACCUCACCUCUAAAAGAUACAGACUGGAUGGUCUCUUUGAGGAGAUGGAGAACUGA